AUGGCGUCGUCCCGUUUUUAAUAAAUAUUUCAUUCAUUGGUAAAACUGCUAAAAAUUAAUGUUUUAAUGGUGUUUUCAAGUGAAAUUAUUAAUAUAAGUAGGACUAGAAAGACAGUUUAGUAGUGCUUAAUAAUAAAACCCUUUAAAAUAUCGAUAAAAAUAGAUAGAUAAAAUGUCGGAAGCAGGAGACGUCCAGCAGCCCUCCAGCCCUGCGGAAAGGGACAAGGCCCCUUCGAGGGUCCUAAUUUCCGAAACCGAAAUAGCAGCCUUGACCCCCACAGAAUGGGUCAACCGUUGGCACCAGCAGGACUCCUACAUCAUUACAUUGGAAAGGAAACUGGCUCUUCAAGAAGGGGAUCUACAUGAUUUACGACAGACAAACGAACGAGUUCGUAAUCAAUUACACGAGGGACAGCAAAGGGAAAAGUUACUUGUGAGGCGGUUGACCGCCAAAGAACAGGAAACUCAAGAUUAUGUGUGUCAGCUAAACGAACUUAAAAACUCCCAAGCCCCAACAAUCCCUUCAUUGCGCUCAGCAAUGUUAGAUCCAGCAGUAAACAGCAUACUGCAACAAUUACGUCUCGAGCUGCAAGAAACUAAAACUAAACUAGAAAACAUACAAAACGAGCUCUCAGCUUGGAAAUUCACCCCUGACAGUAAUACAGGUAAAAGACUCAUGGCCAAAUGCCGCCUCUUAUACCAAGAAAACGAAGAACUAGGCAAAAUCACAAGCUCAGGUCGCAUAGCCAAACUAGAAAGUGAUUUGGCUUUGCAAAAAAGCUUUUCAGAAGAAGUGCGCCAAUCCCAAAAUGAAUUGGACUCAUUCUUAGCCGACUUAGACGAAGACGUAGAAGGCAUGCAAAGUACAAUCUUAUUUCUACAAACUGAACUAAAACGGUCAAAAGAUUUCGCUCAGACUUUACAAAAAGAAAACGCUGUGUUGAAAAUUUGCAACAGCAGGACCAAUGGUGAAAAUAGUGGUGUUUGUGAAACAGAAAAUUCGGAAAUUGAUAUUGAUAGGACGCACGCGAAACGAGUUAGAAGGUCUUCAGUGUUAAGUCUAGACUUUAAUGAAGAUGAUGCGCUAGUGAUAGGUAGUAAUGGAGAUGUUGCCAUGUCUUCGGAUAUUGAAUAAAAAUGCUACUGGGGUAUUAAAGUGGAAGUGACUUAUAUAAACUGAGAAAAACAGUAUGUUUCAAUUUUUGUACAUAUUAUUAUUGAUACGGUAAUAGUUAUUUUAGUUAGGAAACUUAUGAACAAAAAAAUAAAAUAAAAAUCCCUGGUUUUUUUUUAAUGUAAUUAAUUGUGAUUUUUAAAUUUUUUCUGAAGCUUGUUUCUACAGGAAAAAAUAAAGUAUUUACUGAUUGAGUCCACGUUGCCUUCUACGAUCUUCUAUGUUUUUAGCUAAAGAAACGAUUUUACAUCCACAUUGUUGAUUGAAUUUGAAAACAGUUGAUUUUGUAAAAAAAAAUAUAAUGAUUAUUA